AUAUUCAAAUGUGAUUUGUUGGAGUUGACGGCCAAUGGUGAACUAAGUAGGUAGUUCAGUUUAUUAGUAAAUGUAAAUAAAUAAGGUUUUUACAAUUGCGUGAAGGCGUAAACGUGGACAAUACAGAUAACGCGCCAAGCUUUUCGGGGCAUGUGAUACAUAGUGACAUAGUGCGGUGGGGAUAUCAGUCUGUGCUCCGACUAUGCGAAGACGGCCGUGCGUUUAGACGCCUCCAAACCUCUCACGGCAUUAUGCAACCGCGGCCGUAAUAGCGCCUCGAACGUACAUUAUAUUGACUUAGCAAGUUUACAUUUUACGCCAAUGCCGCAUUACUGAGAAUGGCGUUGGCGAAUUUUACGCUGGAGUCGGUCGCAGCGGCCACACCGGCCCUAGUUGAUACAUCCCCAGUGCCUGGCCCUCUGAGGCUCGGUCUAGACGAUCUUCUUUACUCUCCAAAAGACCACCAGCCAGACAGUGACCCUCUGGAACCUGGCAAUGAGCCCUUCGCUCCACCAGUGAACCAACAGCAACGAAGGUCUAAAAUCCGGAAACGUGCUGGCACCGCCUACCUCCCUCCUCCCAACCAGUACACACAUUAUCCUCGUCACGAAGAAGUUCCGCAAAACCCCUACGCAGGACAGCUUCAUACCCAAAUAUAUCAACAAAACAGUAGGUUAGACAUACAAAUAGAAAACCAACGAGUGCAAGAAGUAAAUCCUCAGUACGAUAACACGGGGCAGUAUGUCCACGAUCCGACAGGAGACUACGAUUACGAGCAAAGGAGAAUAAAUCAGAAAAAUGGUCAGAGGCCGCCUUAUAAUCCAGGCUACUCGGAUGCGCCUUAUCCACCAGCGACAACACCGAGUCCAACAUCUAGUCGAAGGUUCGAGGGUCCCCCGAACCAGAAUGUGAAUAAUUUCAACUUUGUUAAUGGACCUAUUUCAACUCCAGCGCCAUUGCAACCUCGACAGCACAUAAACCCUGGAACCAAAGGCGGCAGUGGCAGCAGCAGUGGCCAGACUCCUUCCGAUCGUCCUCCCGGUUUCACUAAAGUGGAAACUGGAGGAUCCGGUGGCAAAACACAGCUGCACGCCGUUCUCGACUACGACGAUGAAUACUACGACGACGAUACUGGAUCAGAUUCGGGCCAGCCUGCUGUGACGCCGGUUCAAGGGCCGAUUCUGCUCAGAAACGGAUCAGUUCCUGUGGUACCUCUCACCUCCUACCAGACUGUUAAUAAUGGAUCAUUCUACCAAAUACCAAUCCUAUGGACGGCUCUCUCCGUGGCUCUUGGGUACGAGCUUCAAGGACAGAUCAUCAGAGGCGUGCCAUGCGUUAAGCGGAACUACCAGCUGUAUUGUCCAACGGCUGGCAACACCUAUCCCUUAGACAAAAUCGAAGAAUUCAUAGACGAGAACAAGGCGCUGAUAAAACGGAUGUACGGGUCGUUCGCGACCCCUGGCGGGAGCCGCGUGCGCCGCGCGCCAGGGGUGCCGGACAUGCACGCGGGUGAUUCCUACUUCCGACAUGUCAGGCAGGCGUCCAACACAAACCUGCCUGAUCCGCAGUCGGUUAAUAGUACUGGCCGAGUGGACUCCUGUCAAAGUAAAACUGAGAUCAUGACGCCUUAUUGGGCGCUGAACUCUGCAAGAAAGCUACGAGCUAUCGUGAACACAAUGCACUUCGAGCAAGCGAUACAUCAGGAAGUUUGCAGCAAAAAGUCAACAGCGCGAUGUUCGGGCGACUGCGGCUGCGAGCAGAAAUACAAAUGGCACAGACUUCUAGCUUACGACCCUAACGACGACUGUGCCGGAAUCUUCAUGGACUGGUUCCUCUUCCCCUCUUGUUGCGUGUGCCGGUGUAAACCUUAAUUGCACCAAACUGUAUACAUACUUAAUAGGAAGUUAGUGUGACCACAAUUGCGAGCAGUACUAAUAGCAUCAACUUCUGGCA